UCUAUGACUUUGACAAUUGCCAAAUCAGCCAGCCUCUCCCGUCUGCUGAAAAUUGUAGUAAAUCUAAAUAACAACUAAUUUCUGAAUGAAUAAUCAGUGAGAUCUUCAAUGAUUGCAUAUGUGGCUUGACUCUAGUCGUCGCAUGCACACUUAGAUCCUCAUAAUGGCCACGUAUGAGGAGUUCAUUCAGCAGAAUGAAGACAGAGAUGGUAUACGGUUCACUUGGAACGUGUGGCCUUCGAGCCGGAUCGAGGCUACGAGGCUGGUGGUCCCACUUGCGUGUUUGUACCAGCCGCUGAAGGAAAGGCUGGAUUUGCCGCCGAUUCAGUACGAACCUGUGCUGUGCACCCGUAAUACAUGCAGGGCUAUCUUAAAUCCGAUGUGCCAAGUGGAUUACAGAGCCAAGCUAUGGGUCUGCAACUUCUGUUUCCAAAGAAAUCCUUUCCCCCCACAAUAUUCGGCGAUAGCGGAGCAACACCAGCCUGCGGAGCUGAUCCCCAACUUCUCAACUAUAGAGUACACAAUAACUCGGGCACAGACCAUGCCACCUAUCUUCCUUCUGGUAGUAGACACAUGUCUGGAUGAAGAGGAACUUGGAGCCCUGAAGGACUCUCUCCAAACAUCUCUCAGUCUCAUGCCGCAGAAUGCUCUUGUUGGGCUUAUUACAUUUGGCCGUAUGGUACAGAUACAUGAACUUGGUACUGAAGGCAUAUCCAAAUGCUAUGUAUUUAAAGGCACUAAAGACCUCACAGCCAAACAGAUUCAAGAGCAGUUGGCCAUUGGUCGUGUGAAUGCGCCAAAUCCUCAGCAGAGACCUGGGGCUCCAGCUCCUCAGCCCCCCGCCCACCGCUUCCUGCAACCUGUCAAGACUUGCGAUAUGGCAUUGACUGAUCUCCUUGGUGAGCUGGGUCGGGACCCAUGGCCUUUAGGCGUCGGCAAGAGACCGUUACGUAGCAGUGGCGUCGCUCUCUCAUUAGCUGUCGGUCUCUUAGAGGUCACUUACCCUAACACUGGUGGAAGGAUCAUGCUGUUCCUCGGUGGUCCCUGCUCUCAAGGUCCAGGUCAGGUUGUCAACGACGAGCUGAAACAGCCCAUCCGUUCUCACCACGACAUUCACAAGGACAACGCUAAGUACAUGAAGAAGGCUAUCAAGCAUUACGAAGCUUUGUCCCUGAGGGCGGCGACAAAUGGCCACUCUAUCGAUAUAUACUCCUGUGCCUUAGAUCAGACUGGACUUAUGGAGAUGAAGCAGUGCUGUAACUCUACUGGUGGGCACAUGGUGAUGGGUGACUCGUUCAACUCGUCGCUGUUCAAGCAGACAUUCCAAAGAGUAUUCGCCAAGGACCCGCGGGCUGACUACAAGAUGGCGUUCAACGGCACGCUCGAGAUCAAAUGCAGUAGGGAACUCAAAAUAUCGGGCGCGAUCGGUUCGUGCGUGUCCCUGAACGUGAAGGGCCCGUGCGUGUCCGACCAGGAGGUGGGCAUGGGCAACACCUGCCAGUGGAAGAUGUGCACCUUCACGCCCAGCACCACCAUGGCUAUAUUCUUCGAGGUAGUGAACCAGCACGCGGCGGUCCCGCAGGGCGGGCGCGGCUGCGUGCAGUUCAUCACGCAGUACCAGCACUCCAGCGGACAGCGGCGCGUGCGCGUCACUACUGUGGCUCGCAAUUGGGGCGACGCGGCGGUGAGCCUGCAGCACAUCUCGGCGGGCUUCGACCAGGAGGCGGCGGCCGUGGUCAUGGCGCGCCUCGUCGUGUACCGCGCCGAGCAGGAGGACGGGCCCGACGUGCUGCGCUGGCUGGACAGGAUGCUCAUACGACUGUGCCAGAAGUUCGGCGAGUACGGCAAGGACGAUCCGAACAGUUUCCGCCUGUCUGAGAACUUCAGCCUGUAUCCACAGUUCAUGUACCACCUGCGUCGCUCACAGUUCCUGCAGGUGUUCAACAACUCACCCGACGAGACCACUUUCUAUAGACACAUGCUGAUGCGUGAGGACCUGACACAGUCGCUGAUCAUGAUCCAGCCGAUCCUGUACUCGUACAGCUUUGGCGGUCCUCCGGAACCUGUACUCCUGGACACCUCCUCCAUACAGCCUGAUCGCAUCCUACUCAUGGACACCUUCUUCCAAAUACUUAUAUACCAUGGAGAGACGAUAGCCCAAUGGCGCGCCCUCCGUUACCAAGACAUGCCGGAGUACGAGAGCUUCGCUCAGCUGCUGCGCGCGCCCAUCGACGACGCGCAGGAGAUCCUGCAGAGCAGGUUCCCCGUCCCGCGGUACAUCGACACUGAACAUGGCGGGUCACAGGCUCGGUUCCUUCUGUCAAAGGUCAAUCCGUCUCAAACGCAUAACAACAUGUACGCGUACGGAGGGGCGAUGCCGAUACCAUCAGCGGACGGUGGCGCCCCCGUGUUGACGGACGACGUGUCGCUCCAGGUGUUCAUGGAGCACCUCAAGAAGCUGGCCGUGUCUUCCACAGCUUAGAGAAAACAAAAUGGAUGCCACAUUACUGACAGAACUGAUGUCUCGGGUCUUAUUUCAUUCUCAACUUUAUUUUCCUUUUCAUAUAUGUAGUUUUAAUUACAUCUUUAGCAAUGUACCUGCUAGAUAACUAAAAAUAUAUACCUGUCUCGUUCGCUCUUAUUAAGACUUCGAAACGACGAUUGUUUUGCUUUUAUCUUAGUUUCAAUACAGUAUUAUAUGAAAUA